GUCUGUGUGUGCGUGUGCGUGUGUGUGUGUGUGUGUGUGCGUGUCAGCGAUAAGUCGGCAGCAGAGAAGCGGCGUCAGUUGAUCCAGGAGUCCAAGUUCUUGGGAGGUGACAUGGAGCACACUCACUUGGUGAAAGGUCUGGACUUCGCCCUGCUGCAGAAGGUGAGAGCUGAGAUCACCAGCAAGGAGAAGGAAGAAGAAGACAUGAUGGAGAAGGUCCAGAAAGAAGCCAAGAAGGACGUGGAGCCCGAGGAGAAGAUGGAGUUUAAGACUCGUCUGGGCAGGAACAUCUACCGCGUGGUGUUCAGGUCCGGCGUGACCGAGAGGAACGAGCUCUUCCUGCCUGGCAGGAUGGCGUACGUGGUCGACCUGGACGACGAGUUCACCGACACCGACAUCCCCACCACGCUGAUCCGCAGCAAGGCGGACUGUCCCAGCAUGGAGGCUCAGACCACCCUGACCACCAACGACAUCGUGAUCUCCAAGCUGACUCAGAUCCUGUCCUACCUCAGGCAGGGAACCCGCCACAAGAAGAUCAAGAAGAAGGACAAAGGUAAACUGGAUGAUAAGAGAGCUCCAGAGGCUGAUCUCAGUAUCUUUGAGGACAUCGGGGACUAUAUCCCGUCCACCAAACCCACCAAAGAGAAAGAGCGUCACCGGGACAGAGACCGGGAGCGUGACCGUGACGACGACACCAAGAGCCGCAGACACGCCUACUUUGAGAAACCGCGAGGCGACGAGCACCAGGUGAUGGAGGUGGACACAGGUCCAGGAUCAGUCAGAGACCAGAUCAAGAUGAUCAAUGAGAAGUUUGCAGGAGCAGCGGGCAGCCAAUGGCAGAGCCAGGAGCCUGGCUCUCAGAGGAGAGACUCCAGUAAGGAGCAGCUGGGAGAUUUUUUUGGAGGAUCAAACUCAUACGCAGAGUGUUACCCUGCUACGAUGGACGACCUGGCCGUGGACAGUGAUGAAGAGGUGGACUACAGUAAGAUGGACCAGGGCAAUAAGAAGGGUCCUCUGGGCCGCUGGGACUUCGACACUCAGGAGGAGUACUCAGAUUACAUGAACAACAAGGAGGCGCUGCCCAAGGCUGCCUUCCAGUACGGCAUCAAGAUGUCUGAAGGCAGGAAGACACGACGUUUCAAAGAGACCAAUGAGAAGGCAGAGCUCGACCGCCAGUGGAAGAAGAUCAGCGCGAUCAUCGAGAAGAGGAAGAAGAUGGAGGCUGACGGGGUCGACGUGAAGAGACCAAAAUACUGAAGACGCCCCGCAGACCCAGCAGCUAAAUCGAUCGUGUAUCGAUCGGCUUCAUGUUAGUUUAGAAACAUGUAAAUGUACAGAGAUGCUGUGAGGUCAGAGGUCACUGACCCUGAUAAGUGUGUAUUGUUAUUGAUUAGCUGUUCUUAUUGGUCAGUUUGUUUUGUGAGAAUAAAAACAUCCAAACAUCU